UGAUCUGACAGGCUGUUCAGACAGUAAACCGGACAGGAUGCGAGGAAAAGAUCGCCUGAAUGUUCCUCUUCUGCUGUGCACCUUUCCUUUUUGUGAAGUUCUAUUUAUUUCACAGAAAUUUGUCUGCUAACUACGGACCCGCACUGUUUGACGCAUAAUUUAUUUACAGAAGAGAAGAAGAGAAAAAAAAGCCUAGGUUUGGUGCCGUCGCAUUUUUACGGCUUAAAGAAAUCACUCCAUCGCAUCUGUCAUUCAUCAUACAGCAGACUUUCAAUAACCUCCGCGGCUGCUGACAGACAGACUCACUGUGUAAAAGCUGCCUUUGCUCUAAGCGAAACGGGCUCCCUCCACUCUCUGGGUAAAAGUUUAUCAUUUCUGUUGGACGGGCAGAAAGUGGCGGACGCGGCAUGUCUCUGAGCAGAGGUAUCGAAGUCGAGCAUUUUGAGGAGCGAGGCAGGACCCACCGGACUCCAAAGACCAACUCAGGCACGGGGUCUCACACCAAGUCCAAAGGCGGCGGUCUCGCGCCCAGCCCGGCGCACAGCACGCACUGCAGCUUCUAUCGCACGCGCACCCUGCAGUCUCUCACCUCCGAGAAAAAAGCCCGGAAGGUGCGCUUUUAUCGCAACGGGGACAAAUAUUUCAAAGGUUUGGUGUACGCGGUGUCCAAUGACCGGUUCCGGUCCCUGGGUGCGCUGCUCAUGGAGCUGACGCGGUCCCUGUCGGACAACGUCAACCUUCCCCAGGGAGUCCGGAUGUUGUACACGGUGGAUGGGGGCAGGAGGAUCACCAGCCUGGAUGAGUUAUUGGAGGGUGAGAGCUACGUGUGCGCCUCCAACGAGCCAUUUCGAUGCGUAGAUUACACCAAGAAUGUCAAUCCCAACUGGACAGUAGGCAGCAAGACGGGUACAUCGCGCUCCCUCACAUCCCUCAACCAGUUAAAGAGCGAACUACAGCGGGAAUCCAAGGAAUUCAUCAGACCCAAACUUGUCACGGUGAUUCGCAGUGGCGUCAGGCCUCGCAAAGCGGUUCGGAUUCUCCUCAAUAAGAAAACGGCGCACUCCUUUGAUCAGGUGCUCACGGAUAUUACUGACGCCGUCAAGUUGGACUCCGGAGCUGUGAGAAGACUUUACACUUUGGAAGGCAAGCAGAUUACCUGCCUGAAAGACUUUUUCGGGGAUGAUGAUGUGUUCAUAGCAUGUGGUCCAGAGAAGUACCGCUAUGCCCAGGACGACUUUGUGUUGGAGCAUAGCGGUAAGGCCUCUACAGCCCUGAUGACUGAAUGCAAAGUCCUAAAACCAUCCUACAGUCGAUCUACUACUCCAAACUGGGCCGGUAAAAGCCCCAGACCUUCACGACGCAGCAAGUCCCCAGGGUCUGCAAGGAAACCCAUUCAUCACUCCAGUUUGUCUUCAAUCAAGUCCCAGGUAAACGGUGUCUCAGCUCACAGGUCCACUAAAUCCUCCACUCCAUCUCCCACAGGCCCGUCUCCACAAACCAUCCCCUGUUUAAAGCUACCGCAGUCAUUUCAAACAUCAUCCCCUGAUGUGAAUAGAAAUGACUCCAUAAAUAAUCACCUAAAGAAAACUGUGAGUCCAGAAGUUAAUGGAAACCAGUACCCAGCAGCCCCCAGCAUCUUGGAAAAAUACAUUGUUGGCAAGGUGAUUGGGGACGGGAACUUCGCUGUGGUUAAAGAGUGUGUGGAGAGGUCCACUGGGAAAGAGUUUGCUCUCAAGAUCAUCAACAAAGCCAAAUGCAGUGGAAAGGAACACCUCAUAGAGAAUGAAGUUGCUGUGCUGCGCAGAGUGAAACACCCAAACAUCAUCAUGCUGAUCGAGGAGGUGGACACGCCCUCUGAGUUGUGUCUCGUUAUGGAGUUGGUUAAGGGAGGGGAUCUGUUUGAUGCCAUCAUGUCCUCAGCCAAGUACACAGAGAAAGAUGCCAGCACCAUGGUCUACAACCUGGCUGCAGCGCUGCUGUAUCUGCACAGCAUCAACAUCGUCCACAGAGACAUUAAACCUGAGAACCUGCUGGUGUUUGAGGAUCCAGGUGGCUUCAAGUCGCUGAAACUCGGAGACUUUGGCUUGGCCACAGUAGUGGAGGGGCCGCUGUUCACUGUCUGUGGAACCCCAACAUACGUGGCUCCAGAGAUCAUCGCCGAGUCGGGUUAUGGUCUUAAAGUGGACAUUUGGGCUGCAGGUGUGAUCACCUACAUCCUAUUGUGUGGCUUCCCUCCAUUUAGAAGUGAGAAUAAUCGGCAAGAGGAGCUCUUUGAACAGAUUCUUCUCGGGAAACUGGACUUUCCUUCUCCUUACUGGGACAACAUCACUGACUCGGCUAAGGAUUUGAUCAGCAGGAUGCUGCAGGUGAAUGCAGAGGCUCGAAGUACGGCAAAGGAUGUCCUCUCACACCCCUGGGUCACGCAUGACGCAGUGAGGAAGACCAACAUGAAGACGGAGGUUUCAGGUAAACUGAAGACGCACUUCAACACGGCACCGAAGCAGAGCAGCACCACAGCUGGAGUGUCCGUUAUCAUGAACACGGCUCUAGAUAAGGAGACUCUUAAGCUCUACGCUCUGAGCUCUUCGGAACCGCACAUGGAGCCAAGCUCAGACGUAGAGAACAUCUCGCCUGCUCUCCCAAGCGAACUGGCUUCUCUCACUAAACAAGUAUCGUGUGACAAAGAUCCAAACUCCACAGAGUCUGUUUUCCCUGCUCAUCCUGGGGACCGUCGGCGGACAGAGCCUCUUCCUGUUCCUGCACGUUUGCUUUCCCCCUCUGCUGAAGCUUUCCUUCUUUCCUCCCCUCCGGAAAAAGAGACGCCUCCUUCAUCACUCUUUCUGACUCCAUGCACAUCCUUGGAUCCCUCCUCGCCCUCUGCUCUUCAUCUUUUCUCUUGCGUGACUCCCUCUUCAACCCCAUCGUCUGCCAACCAUCCUGCCCCAGACCGCUCCUCUCCCACCAGCCAGACGUCCCCGUGCCCCAUCUCCCCACUCCCACCGUUCGUUUUCUUCCCACUCUCUUCUCCAUCAAAACAAGCUCCCACCUCGCCGUCUUCUGUCCAGCCGACUCUGUUCCCUUCUCCUCCCUCCACGCCGCCGGCUGCUCCCCUUCCCUCCUACCCUCUACUAGCUGAAGAACUUCUAGAGCAGAUCUAAAAUCCUGAUGCGUUCCAGUCCAGAUGGAGCCACAGCAUUACGUUGUGGAUCAAGAGGACAAACCGUCACAGUGUGGAUUUCUCAGCAGAUGUGAACUGAGCCAGAGACUCUGGUGGCAGCAGGAUUCGUCCAGAUGCUUCGUAGAAGACUGAGGAGUCUGGAUGUACAUCAUGUUUAUUUAUUAAAAUGCAGACUAUCGUGAGUUUGUUAGCACUCUGAGGUAAUAUAUUACUGUAUCUCAUCAAGCUUUUCUUUUUGGACCUCUCUUUGCUUUCCUGUAGUCCACUAGUUUAGUUUAAGGGGAAAAAAAGUUGAAUUAUGAGCUGUUGUUGCUUCAGCAGAUAAAGUUGAGUUUGUUUCUGAUACGGACGUUCCAGCACAUUUAACCUUUACUCCAUUGUUGUUUUAUUCGACAUCAAUAGUUCAGUCUUCCUGGUUAAUAACAGUUACAAUUCAGUUUAACUUGGAUGAAGUAGCGCAAAGUUUAAUACCAAGUAGUCAAUAAAGAAAUCUGUCCUUUAAUCGGCUCUUACUUCUGUGCGUUUCUUUCAAAUGAAGACGAGCAACAAUCAGGUUGAUUCUGAUAUCUAGUUUUGUUUGAGGUCAGAUCUGAUGAUUCCAGUUUAGAUUUAACCUGAUUUUUAAGGACAAUCAGAAAAGAUUGUCUUCAAAUGAUCUGAUUUGAAUAGCACUUUACCAAGUCAGAAGAGCUUCACAUUACAUUCACACACUGAUGGUGAUGAGCUACAUUGUAGACACAGCUGCCCAGAGGCAGUUUUAACAGAAGCCAGGCUGCCAUGCACUCCAUGCACCGGCGCCACCAGGUGGUCAGAGGGUCUGUUGCCCCCUCUGACCGCCACUACCAGGCAGGCCGGGUGAAGUGUCGUGCCAAAGUACACAAUGACUUAGAUGGGGGUUCAAACCUGCAACCCCCUGGUUACAGGACAAACUCCUACCUACUGAGCCACUGGCGCCCCUAUAACAUAUUUACAAACUAUUUGUGUAAAAAUGUAUCAAAUAUUGACGAUGAAAAGGGAAAAAAAUGUCAGGUUCGUUGAUGGAGAUCCAUGUUGUGAAUCUUGCUGGGUGUUAAAGGCGUAAUAAGGUCGUUGUUUAUGUAUCAAAGCAUUCGUCAGGAACCUUUACCAAAGUGCGUCGACAUGUUCAUGAUGCAUUGCCACGCGUGUAUGUAGACCUUAACAGAGCGCCUGUUGCAUUGGGCUAGCUACUGUAUAAUUAAGUUCUAACAACUUCUUAACAGUUUCCACUGCUUUUUCAAUGAUGUGUGCUUUAAUUUCAAUACCAUAAAAAUGACAACAUUGCUCAAAAUGUUGUGUUUUCCACUGAAUUACCUCUGCUAAAUGAACAAUCAGAUCAAAUGUGAUCAAAAUAAUUUUACAGCGCCCUCUGCUGUUAAGCAAAUAGAACUCCACAUACCAGUGGAUGGAAGUAGAGUGGAUAUACAAAGUCCACACGUCUGUAGGUGAGGUUUGACCACCUGGUCAAAUUACGACUCCAGUCUCAUCCAUUCUGGCUCCAACAUCCCACCAAUCUACUUUCUCAGCUAUCAACAUGUUUCUAAAGCCCAAUAACAAUAUUUCCUCAUCCGUUAACAUCACCAAGUGCAAUAAUUUUCAGUCUUUCAGGCCAAAACUGAUAGUAUUUAUGAUUCCCUUGUUCUCCCCUCUGCUCCCUGCAGCUCCAGUCAGCAGAUCUCAUACUUCACUCUAAUCUCCUCUCUUCAAUCUCCUAAACUUUUGUUCGGUAUUAAUACUCCCACCUGCUCCUCGGAUCCCAUUCCUUCCCCUCAAUCUAUCCCCUGGUCUUACUUCUGGAUCUGUUCCACUGUCUCAAUCUGGCACCCAUCAGCCCAAAACUUAAAAACUUAAAUCUGGUCCUGUCACUGAUAACGUCAUAAACUUCCAUCGAAUUUUCCCUUUCUUGAACGUGUCAUAACUAAUCAACUUCAGACACACCUCAAUAGCCUGUUUGAACCAUUCAACACAACACCAAAACAGCUCUUAUCAAAGUUACCAAUGAUCAUCUCUUUUCCUUUGACUCCAGCCAUCCCUCUGGAUCUCACUACAGCUUUUUAGACCAUCAGUCACUCCACCCUCCUGUACCAUCCCAAGUCUGAACUCACUGGCUCUGUUCUGUCCUGGUUUCAGUCUCACCUCACAAACCAGAAACAGUUUAUUUACUCAUAUCAACCGUUGCAUCUCCUCCAUAGCUCCUCUAUCCCAGGGUUCAGUGCUUGGUCCUCUCCUCUUCAUCCUCCAUCUUGGUGACAUCGUCAGUCAACAUGGCCUUCCUUUGCUACACAGUUGACCUACAGAUUUAGAUUCCCACCACAUCCAAAAACCUCCACAUCCACUCCACUGACACCAAAACCUGGAUGAAGCACAACUGUCUCAAACUAAACACUGACAAAACUAACAAGAUCCUCACUGGCUCAAAAAGUGUCACCAAGUCCACUCAAAACUUCUGCCUGAACUUUGACACCAUCACUCAUCUGUAAUCUUGAUAUUCUUUUCAUUCAAAACAUACAUCAAAUAACCCAGAUUGCUUUCUUCCAUCUCAGAAAUGUGGCACAACUUCAUCUUUCACAUCCAGAAUUGAAGAAUGGAAUAUCAUCUUGCAUGGUACACUAUCCAAAAGCACUCAACAAACUGCAAUACAUCCAAAACCAACACACCCAGCCUCUCUCCCUCCGCUCCUUCGACAUCUUAUGUUCGUCCCUUAUGGAACGAAGCUCUGAACCUGGAGAGACGGAACCUUCUUCAUCGCCGGCCCAAACCUCCAGAACUCACCGGCCUAACUGCUCCACGGUUCAAUCUCCCCAUCUUCAGGAACAAACUCAAAAAUGAUUACAUUUGCUCUUUUUGUGUUUUUAUGUGUAAUGUUGCAUUGUUUAAUUUUAUAUUGUAGCACUUCUGUAAAGCCUCAUUGAGUACUUAG